CAGCUGCUGGUAUUGCCCCGCAGAACAGUAUCCUUGAAGAUCGCUAUACUGUACUGAGGGUUCCCUCUGCUCCGGAGGGAACAGCGCCACCUGCUGGACAGCCAGCACCGCUUACAGCACAAGCCUGCUUUCCUCAGUCUCCCAUCCCAGUACUGAGCCGGACUCGCCUUGCUGACACCCAGCCCAUGGGAGCCCACUCCAGGUGCUGGGGGGGCUGCUGUCCUGCAGCUUCUCCAGCUCCCGAAUCCCCUGAGGAUGACGGAGAGCAUCACCGACCGGUCCAGCGGCAGCCCUUGCUCCAGCCCCAGUCUGCCCGGCAGUUUCGCCCAGAAAGGCACGGAGAGAAAUGUGGUAGGUGCGUCGUCAAGCUGGUCGGAGUGCCGGAGCUGGAUCGGAGCUUUGUGGACAUCGCCGACACCUUCAAUCGCCAGCAGGAGGGUCACCAGGCUAUGACACAAAGCGUAAGACAGCUGAAGAGCAGCGCCGGGGGCGGCCCUGGGAGCAGUCUGAGUGACUGUCUGGAGCAGAUGAAGAAGGAGCACGGUGCCUGCAACAUCAGCAUUCAGAUGAAGGGCUAUGACUUCUCGCUGGUGGUGCAGCCAGACGCCACCUCUGCCAAGCUGCUGGAGGCCCAGGAGCAGGUCAGGAGGGCCAGUCAGGGGUCCAAGUCCGUAGCCGCUGCUGGCACCAAGCUGCAGGAGAUGAUCAGCUCGGUGCUGCAGGGCGAGGCGCUGCUGUCCCGGAGAGUGAAGGAGGCCAGCCAGACCUACCAGGAGCAGGUCCGCGUGGAGGCCAACCUGAGGGACAACCUUCUGGAGGUCCGCAGAGCCAGGGAGCUCUCGGCCCAGUACAGGAAAGAGGCCGGUGCCCUGCUCAAUGAGGUGGCACAGCUCGCCGGCAUCACCCCCUAGUUCACUGCAGCGCUGCAGCUCAGCGCAGCAGGAUGCGCAGCUCUCACCUGCUCUGCUGUAGGACCUCAAGUGUCUGCUUCUGCGCUGGAGGUGGCAGUGAAGAGCAGCGGUGAGGCCGCUGGGCUGCUGCCUGGAGGGCUGUGUGUGCUUGAGGGAAGGACUUGACUGUCUGCAUCACUUUACACGCCGGUAUCGGCUUUGCGUGGGUUAGCCCUGCGGGGCACCUGUGGCCCCCCCGGGGGCGAGUCUCACGCUCUUUCUGCCUCCAGCCUGAUGAGACACUAGGCAUGAGGAAGGACUCUCCCUUACUUUCUACAAGCAUUGUAAGUGUAUGCUAGAUAUAAAUGUUGGGGUGGGGAGCUGCGUCAGCAUGCGUAGGCUGCAAGGGAACAAGUAAUAGGUUUAUUC